AUGGCUACUGAAGCUCCCAAUCCCCGUGUCGGCGUCGCGGCCGUCAUCGUCAACAACCGCGGCCAAGUGCUCGUGGGCAAACGCAAGGGCAGCCACGGAGCCGGCACUUGGCAGUUUCCGGGUGGACACUUGGAGCACGGCGAAGGACUGCUCGAGUGCGCCGUACGUGAGGCAGACGAAGAAACGGGCCUUUCUCUGCAGGGCAUCAAGAUUGCGACCCAGACAAACGACAUUUUCAAAACCGAGGGCAAACACUACAUUACACUGUUUGCCAAGUGUGUCAUGAACGACCCCGACGCAGUUCCCGAGCUUCGAGAACCGAACAAGUGCGAGAGAUGGGUCUGGUGGGAUUGGGAAAAGUUUUUUACAGGCCGUGAGACUGGCGAGGUAGAUGGCGAGAAACUCUUUCUGCCCAUGGAAAACCUCUUGAAGCAGUUUGACAGUGUCACCGAACUCAAGAAGAUGUUUCAAUAG